CUUUGUGUAACACACCGUGCUCUCGAACGUGCGGUCUUGUACGUGCAAUCGCUAUCCUUUCUCAAUUCUCACUUUUCCUUUAACUCCGCGAUCCUCAUCAACAUGGAUUUCGACAGCCUGAAAAGUCAGGUCAGCAACCUGACGCUGUACGACAUCAAAGCUGGUGUACGCAAGGUCCAAAAUGCUGUUAUGAAUUUGACCGAGAUGGAAUCGAAGGUCCGCAUUUGGUCGUCAUAACCCUCCUCACCACCACCCUGACAGUGACAGGUUCGAGAAGCUACGAACGGAGACCCAUGGGGCGCGUCGGCCACGCUCAUGCAAGAGAUUGCGCAGGGCACACACAACUAUCAACAACUGAACGAGAUUAUGCCCAUGAUCUACAAGAGAUUUACAGACAAGACCGCAGAAGAAUGGAGACAGAUAUACAAAGCACUCCAAUUGCUGGAAUAUCUCUGCAAGCAUGGCUCAGAGCGAGUCAUCGAUGAUGCCAGAUCCCACCUCUCCCUCCUCCGAAUGCUGCGGCAAUUCCAUUACAUUGAUCAAAAUGGCAAGGACCAAGGCGUCAACGUCCGGAAUAGAUCAGCAGAGCUUGUCAAGAUGCUGGGCGAUGUAGACAUAAUUCGGGCAGAAAGAAAGAAAGCUCGUGCAAACAGAAACAAAUAUGGAGGCGUUGAAGGUGGUGCCGGUUUGGGAGGCGGUUUUUCCAGUGGCAGUCGAUAUGGCGGCUUCGGAAGUGAAUCUGCCAAUUUCGGAAACUACCAGGGAGAGGUUUACGGUGAUGGUGGUGGCUUCGGUGGACGUGAGACCGACUUCUCAGGCACACAGCGCCGUGCUGAUCAGUUCGAAGAGUACGAUGAAGCCGAUGAUGAGGAAAUAACCAGACCUACGAGAACCACCACCACUUCACGAACAACACCAUCUGCACCGCCAAAGCGAGAACCUCCCAAGCCUAAAGCCCCAGAGCAGGAUCUAUUCGACUUCGGCGAUGAACCCACCGCUCCAUCGACCUCUAACGGCAAGGCGCCAGCUGCUUCGAGUGCCCUGGGAGACUUCGGUGCUAUGCAAGGCAGUACUGCUAACGAUGACGAUGAUUUUGACGACUUCCAAUCGGCGACAAGUCCAGCAGCUACACAGCCAGUGGCCAACCCAAUGGCUUCGAUUGCGCCUCCCGCAGCUACCACGUCUACGACGACCUCAUCCACCAAAUUUGCAGCCCCAACACCUUUGGCUCCUGGACAAGCAUCAAAUUUCAACACAAUCCUUUCAACUGCUUCUCCAGCGCCGUCGAACACAUCAUCUCUAAUGUCCCCUUCGACUUCGACAUUUUCCCCUCCGCCAGUGCAGAAGCCUGCGCAGCCUAUGCAGCCUGCAGGAGGCUACAAGCCUAGCGGACCGAACUAUUUCACCUCCGUUCCCAUGUCCCAGGCCUCUACUUCGGCAGCCUCAACUCCAAUGACUGCGGCUACACCCUCAUACACAUCCUCAACAUCCGCUGCCUCUCUUGGUAAGCCAGUCUCGAAACCGGCAGCCAGCAGCGGUGGUGACGCAUUUGGAUCACUCUGGUCUUCGGCUAGUAACAAGGCUGGUGUAAAGAGCACCACUGCGACUCAAAAAGGCCCUGAUUUGGCAAGCAUGGCAAAAGCAAAGAGUCAGGCAGGAAUCUGGGGAGCCGCAUCAGCUGCCAGCUCCACCCCCAAAGCCGGAUCGGCGUCGUCAACGCCGAGUGCUGUACAGGGAAAACCAACCGCACCUUUGGGAAACGGUCUCGAUGAUCUUCUUGGAUAGUUAUUCAGACUUGCGAUGGAGUUAUGAAAACCAGGGGUGACUGGAAAAUAACAGACGAUACACAUAUUCUCUUCACAACUAAACCUUCUGCUGCGUGCCUAAUGAACCCAUUACUUGGAAGCGUGGAAGUCCU